CGUGUGUUGUCAGAUCUGUUGGCUAUUACGACACAAGCUAGCUUCCUUGACGGGAACUGGACGGUCCUAACACAGGCACUCGUCCAGAUUUGAACCAAACGAUGGCACGUACACAACUCGUUUUAACAGUCAUUCCACUCAAAUGACGUUAACGAUAUAGUAAGAUUUGACUAUAUGAACCGAUACUGACACUAUUUCGCCCGUCAUGGCCGCCAUGUCGACGGGAAGGCUCCAACUGUUGGCACUGCUGGCAUAUUUGUCUUCUGCUUCGUCCUCAGCAGAAAGUCGAAGCCAUUUGGUGAUAACGCCGCAGUCUCCAGUGCUCCAGAUAGGAACUAACUUCACAGCUACGUGUGUGAUCAUUGGCACAACUGAAGCCACAGCAGAUGACCUGUACUGGAAACUUUCCCAGACCAUUAUCCCGAACAAUCACUACACUAAGAUCAACGAAUCAGCACUUAGUGUCACUAUCCCUGUGAACAAUGAAAAGCUGGAAUGGUUAUUUUGCCACUGCAACAAACAGUCUGCCUAUAUUUUCUUGAACAAGGGCAAAUUUAUUCAUGGGAUCCCCCUAAGAAAAACCUAUGCUCCAGAGAAACCCAAGAAUCUGACCUGUAUAGCAGUUCAGGAGCAACGUUAUAUUUCCAAAGACUUCAAGUGCUCGUGGGAACCAGCAGAACAGCACACCAAGGAAAUGCCGACAACAUACACAUUACAUGUUGAAGUCAUCAACGACAAUCAGACUUACAUUGUGUCAACAGAAGAAAAUAGCGCUACAGUGACAAUAGAUUCGUUCCCUCAUCAUAUGGAGCUGGAGAUCUGGGUCGUGGCCCACAAUCAACUGGGAACUCUGGAGUCUGAACAUCUGAAACAAGAUGGUUCCUGGUUUGUUAAAACAAACCCUCCAUCGCGUGUCGAAAUCUUGUCAGAGGAGAAAUUUCCCACGUCUCUUCUCAUGAACUGGAGUCAACCAAUUCCUAAACAAUACCUUGUAUUAAAAUACCAAAUCAGGUAUUGCCUAUAUGGAUCUCACAGUUGGAGUAGCGUGCCUGUUGUUGAUAUUGCCGAAGACAUACAGUCUUUCAGACUCCAAAACCUACAACCAGACAAUGUUUAUACCGCUCAAGUGCGCUGUAAAAAUGCUAAAAAGGGCCAUGGGUAUUGGAGCAACUGGAGUGCCAAUGUUACCAAUAAAACACCUGAAGACCGACCAACAAGUAAACCGGAUUUAUGGAAUAUAAUUACAGAAGGUGAACGCAGUGAAGAGCGUCAAGUGACGUUAUUUUGCAAGAAUCCUGUGUUUUCAAAUGGAAGGAUAACGAGCUUCAAGGUAAAGAUUCAAACCCGAAAGGAAAACAUUAGGAAUGGAAAUAUGUCAUGGGAAAGUAUCACCGUCAACUGGUCAGAGGCAGACAGCUUCCCGAGCCGGAAGUUCACCGUUUUAAAACGGAUUACCCUGUCGGACAACAACUCUGCGAGAGUGUACGUCACAGCCAUCAAUUCUGUGGGGCGGUCUCCUCAGGCAUCACUCGGCAUCCCAGAGAAAGCGCUUGAGCUCAACCCAGUGGAGGAGCUUAACGUGCGUACACAAGGGGACCAACUUUUACUAAAAUGGAAUCCCCCCAACAAUACAGCUGUUACAGAAUAUGUGGUGGAGUGGGUUGGUUCUAAUGGGAUAGACUGGCAGAGGGAAAACAAAAACACCCAACAAACUACUAUAAAAGGCAACAUAGAUAAGUUUGUUUGCUACAACAUAUCUGUGUAUCCAAUAUACUCUGGAUGGACUGGAAAACCAGCAAGAGUAGAAGCUUUUCUUGAGGAAGGAGCUCCUUUGGAAGGCCCCUCUGUUCGGCUGAGUGGUAAACCAGGACGAAAUGAAGCAGAGAUUGCGUGGAAUGAAAUUCCUCAACACAAACGACAAGGCUUCAUCACAAAUUACACCAUUUUUUAUUCAAGCGGGACUGAAGGCAAAAUCACAGUACCAGCGUCCGUCACCUCAUAUGUGCUGACUUCACUGUCAGCCAACACCAAGUAUGACACUUGGAUCAGAGCCUCCACCAUCAGAGGCUCCACCGAUGGCACAAACCACUCAUUUACCACCCUGAAAUAUGCACCAGGGGAGAUCGAGAUGAUUGUCAUCGGCGUGAGUCUCGGCUUUAUCUUUGUGGUUCUCAUAACCAUGUUGCUGUGCAUCUACAAAAAAGACUUAAUCAAGAAGAACUUUUGGCCUUGGAUCCCAAACCCCAGAAAGAGCACCAUUGGAAACUGGUCCCCUGAUUAUCCUUUAAAGCCGGAAACCCCGAAGGAGAGCUGCCUGUCUGGCAUCAGCGUGCUCGAUGUGGACGUCGGCGAUGGCAAGUCGGUGUCUGAGGAAGACAAAGCCAGCCUGGCUCUCAAGAAGGACAAGUAUCUGUCUGAAGAGCACAGCAGUGGCAUCGGAGGCUCCUCUUGCAUGUCCUCUCCUCGCCAGAGUGUGUCCGACAGCGAUGAGGGCGCUGACAUUGCUGACACCACAGCCAGCACUGUUCAGUACUCCUCAGUGGUGGCGUCCAAUGGUUACAAAGGCCAGACCCCGAGCGUCCAACCUCAGCAGCUCAUGUUUUCACGCUCCGAGUCCACGCAGCCCCUUCUGGACUCUGAGGAGAACGCAGACCUUUUAGCGCAGGAAGGCAGCAGAGCUUCGCAAGCCUUCUCACGACUGCCUUGCUUUGCGCGCUCGGCGUGGAACCAAGACAGUGCCAGCCUUCCGGAGUUGAGUCAGCUGGAGAUGGAGCCACAGGAGGUGAUGUUGCCACUGGACUUGUGUCAAUCAGGAGAAGACAAUGAGCAGAAAACACUUCGAGACGGCCAAUCUCUCUCCAGUUACGUGCCGCAGCUCGGCGGUUAUAGGCCACAGUAAGAACACUGACGGGACCAGCUCGUAGUCUCUCGAUUAUGUGACAGAUAAUGUGCCAGUGUUAAUGUUGCAUGUUCAUUUCAAGUCCUGGAUUUCAAAGGUGACUUCCUUACGAGUACUGUGCUGUGUUGGCGUUUAACCAAGCAGAACAAUACUUUUCCAAAAAUAAUGGGAACAUAUGCGGUAUAUUCCAGUUGAAAUUCCUUUCUGUCGUUUACGUCAUUGACGACGACUUCACGGAAGAGUGAUCAGUGGAACCCGAAUCUUACGGCAGGGACUGGAUUCAGAAUCACACCCAGAUGAGUCCAAAUCCAAGUCUGUAUCAGUGGUGGGCAUCCAACCCAACCCCCGACCCUUCAGUUUGCUCGUCAGCGUCACUUCUCAAAAAGGAUCGAUGUUGACAGUUGGUUUUCAAGGGGGACAAAGGUUUGAUUUCCGACCCCCGCGUACGCACAGAGACGAUUGCUUGGCCACUGGUCUGUACGGUAGUAAAGUACUAUGUAUGGCUGCCAUGUCCUUAUACGUACUGAGCUGUCAAAUGUUACGGAACUGACAGAAAUGGCUGAACGUCGACUCGUUACGGCCGUAACACUUGUUUCGGGGGGGGGGGGGGGGGGAACGUCUCGUGGCCGACAUUAGCGACGCGUCCACAUCGAACAGCUGCUCGGUUUAUGUUAUUUGAUGACAUUUCCCCGGCUGUGACUGAUUAUCGCCUCCGUGGCAGCAAAUAAGCGGAGGACGAGGCGAAGACCAUGUCAAGCAUGGAAUUUAUUAUUUCUUUUCCUACAAUUUUCAUGUGCGGGGUCUGUCGCAGAUAAAGUAUCUUUCAAUGUUUGAAAGAUCCUAAAUGGUCCGUUGCCCCCCCCCCCCCCGUAAAACCAUGCCUAUAAUAGAGGUUCUGCAAAUUGCCUCUCCUUUCCAGCUACUCUUGCUUCUAUUUACACAAGCAGCUCAAAUGGAUUCACAAUUAAUAGUCACUACCAAACAGGACAGGAUAAUCUCCCUGAAGGGUGAUUGACUGUUUUACGCUAUGACGAGUGUAUGUUCCCUUUAUUUUUUGGAGGAGUGUAUAGAGUAUAAUAAUCUCGCUUUCGAAUUGCGACGAAGACUUGCUUUCCACACGGUGGCAAAUGACAUUUCCGUGACUUUGGAGAAGUCGCCGAAUGCUUCACCCGCUUGGCUGCCGUGCUGGCAACUUCCGUUCAGCUGUGACAGAUCGAUGGACUUGAUAUUACAAGUAUACCGGAAAUAUACACACAUUGCAUUUCAAAGUGUCUCUUGAGCAUGUAUACCAAUGUGUCUCUUGAGCAUGUAUACCAAUUUGGAAAGUAACGGGCAUUUACACUAAGCAUCUUUGCAAUUUGAUUUGUCUGUUUGAUUUGUGUUCUGAUGUUUUUGUGACAUUGGUCACAGUCUUUAUCUGAAUCGUAAACUGUUUGCAUAUCAAGUCACUAGCUCACACAAACACACAUUACUACUCAAUGUCCUUUAAAAUGUGUGGUUUUUUUUUUAGUGCCUUUCACAAUGAAAAUAAAGAUAUGUUACACUAUUUUCA